CACUCACUAGGAUCUGACACUCCGCGCCGCCCAGACACCUCUAUUCCCGUCACUCCGACCGGCCUCUCCUCGAUCCUGGGCAACGGUGCCCACAACUGGGGUACGUGUCUAGCUUUGGGAGCGGCUCCCACAAGCAGGCAUCGGGUUAUCCGCUCCCGCGCCCGGGAAACGAGUUUGGCCAACGCCACAGCACUUUUGAGAGUGUGCAGGCCUGCAAAGAUCAUCGUGAGGGACAUUCCAGAUCUUGUUUUUAUUAAAUUCACCGACAGGAUACAAUUCAUUGUCCUUAAGGCUCACCGUCAUGGAUGCUCUAUCAGAAGCAAAUGGCACCUUUGCAUUAAACCUUUUGAAAAAGCUAGGGGAAAACAACUCGAACAACAUAUUUUUUUCACCCAUGAGCAUGUCAUCUGCUUUGGCCAUGGUCUUCAUGGGGGCGAAGGGAAACACUGCAGCCCAGAUGUCUCAGGUACUCUCUUUUAGUAAAAUUGGUGGUGAAGAUGAAGAUAUUCACCAAGGUUUUCAGUCACUUCUUGCUGAAAUUAACAGAACUGGCACUCAGUACUUGCUUAGAACUGCUAACAGGCUCUUUGGAGAAAAGUCUUAUGACUUCCACACAUGUUUUACAGAUUCCUGUGGCAAAUUCUACCAAGCAAAGCUAAAACAGCUUGAUUUCCUGAACGAUACAGAGAAGUCCAGAACACACAUAAAUAACUGGAUUGCUGAAAAAACUGAAGGUAAAAUUACAGAGAUGCUCUCUCCAGAUUCAGUUGAUUCAUUGACUAAACUGAUUCUCGUGAAUGCCAUCUACUUCAAAGGAAACUGGGAAAGUCCGUUUGUGAAAGAGAUGACCAGGGAAAUGCCUUUUAAAAUUAGCAAGAACAAAGAAAAACCUGUGCAAAUGAUGUUUAAGGAAUCCUUCUUUAAAAUGACCUAUGUAAGGAAAAUAUCCAGCCAAAUUCUACUGCUUCCCUAUGUUGGAAAGGAACUGAAUAUGAUCAUUAUGCUUCCCAAUGAAAACACUGAUUUGAAAAUGGUGGAAAAAAAACUUUCUUAUGAGAGAUUCAUAGAAUGGACAAAGCCUGACAAGAUGCAUGAAAGAGAGAUGGAAGUUUUCCUUCCUAGAUUUAAACUAGAGGAAACUUACAACAUGGAAGAUGUCCUUUGCAGUAUGGGCAUAGUCGAUGCCUUUGAACAGGGCAAGGCAGACUUCUCAGGAAUGUCGUCUAAGAAGGAUCUGUACUUGUCCAAGGUCACGCACAAGUCCUUUGUGGAGGUCAAUGAGGAAGGUACAGAAGCAGCAGCAGCUACCACCGAAGAAAUGGUUUUAUGUUGUGCCAGUUACACCCUCAGGUUCUGUGCAGACCAUCCCUUCCUUUUCUUCAUCCAGCACAGCAAAACCAAUGGUAUUCUCUUCUGUGGUCGAUUUUCCUCUCCAUAAGGACAUAGGUAGUCAUUGGAUAUAGUCCUUCUCUUUUCUCGUAGUGACCUACAUUUCCUCUACUCUUUAUAGUGUGCCUGUGACCCAAAGUGACUUUAUUAUUGCAGCAGUCAAAAAUGAGAUGUUAGGAAUCUAAUUUUGAAAUUCCUUUUUGAGAACUCUUGUGUGUGUUUGCAUGUUAAAUGUUUUCUAGGAUCUGAACUUGAUCGUCUCCAAGGAUUUUGUGGUCACUUUGUAGGUGGUAUCGAUGACCACUUAGUCAAACCCCUCUGCGUGAAAUGAGGUGUCACCCUCUCCCCACUGCCCACACCAAAACAUUCCAACUAUCAGAGCUAUCUGCUGUCUCUUCAUUUUGUAUAUGGUGCCACCCUCACAGAGCGCUAUGCUUCUGUUUUCCCAAACACAAGAAGAUACAUGUUAUUUUCUGUCUUCUCUGUUCAAUAGUAUUGACAAAUGGGCCCAUUUUUAAUGAAACAAUAGAAAGUGAAAUGGAGACUGGGGAGGAAGUAUGGUGAGUAGGACUCAGAAAUUCUCAGAAGUGGCCCAGCAUGGUGGCUCACACCUGUAACCAGCACUUUGAGAGGCCAAGGUAGGCGGAUCACCUGAGGCCAGGAGUUUGAGACCAGCCCAGCCAACAUGGUGAAACCCCGUCUCUACUAAAAAUACAAAAAUUAGCUGGGCAUGGUUGUGCACGUCUAUAGUCCCAGCUACUUGGGAAGCUAAGGCAGGAGAGUCACUUGAACCCGGCAGGGGGAGGUUGUAGUGAGCCAAGAUUGUGCCACUGCACUGUAGCCUGGGUGACAGAGCGAGACUCUGUCAAAAAGAAAGAAAGAAAGAAAAGAAAGAAAGAAAGAAAGAAAGAAAGAAAGAAAGGGAGGGAGGGAGGGAGGGGGGAGGAAGGAAGGAAGGAAGGAAAGAGAGAAAGAGAGAAAAGAAAGAAAGAAAGAAAGAAAAUGAAAGAAAGAAAGAAAGAAAGAAAAUGAAAGAAAGAAAGAAAGAAAGAAAGAAAGAAAGAAAGAAAGAAAGAAAGAAAGAAAAAGAAGAAAUUUUCAGAAGCGACCUCUCUUCCAGCUCUUCAGAAGCUGGCACAGAGGGUGACAGAGCAGUUAACUGAGACCAGUGAGAAUUCAGUCCAAUUUCCCCGGUGUUUCUGUUUUAAACAUAGUUUGCAUUCACAGGGAUCAGUGGGUCACAAGCCUAUUCAAAUGUACAACUAUCCACUUUCUCUGAAAAUUUACACUUGGUAUCAGGAGGCAGAGAUGAUUAUAUAUGCUCUAUUCACAGUAAUGUAGUUUGAGACAGCUUCACGGGUAUACAUCACAUGUCUUUCUAUAUUUGAAAUAUUUUUUGAAAAGGAAGUUAAGCUUUCUGUGGCCAUUUAUGUUACAGGCUUGAAAUGCAACUGCUGUGAUCAGUGAUAAGGGAACACACUGAUGAUUUAGAUUGAAUGGGAGAGUUAUAUUGUUUUCUAGGGCACAGCUAAAAAGACUUAUUCCAGCAACCCCCUUGCAGCCAGAAAGACCCUGAGCCCUCAGAACUUCACUGACACAACCCAUAUUUUCUUUCCCUAACUGGCCCACUUUUCCCUUUGUACCAAAACCAGCUACUUAGCUUCAGGGAGAGAAUGAGACUGAAGAUUACAAGGAAACAUCCACGUUACAUGUGGGCUGAGAGAGGAAAGAGGGAGUAUCAGAGGUUGUCGGGUUUGCUACUCUCAUUCCUCUUCCUCCUCUGCCCAACACUUGGACUUGGAAAGAAGUCUGAAAGGUGGGGAAUAAUCAGCUCAUAUGAUUCUUCCACUGCAGAGAGAGCCUCUGAGUGCUACAGCCAGGGGCAACAGAGUGGUGCCCUCUUCCUCAGGGAAACACACACCUCUUUGCACUACCUUGCAGAUAGUCCAGUCAAGUGGAGUAAGAGGUGCGAGUGGGGAGUGUAAAUGGAGUAGCCUCUAAGUAUCCAAGCAGGAAGGUGGUUUUUUUCUGUCUUUCCUGGAAUGAGGAUAAUCAAAUCAUUUCCAUAGUGAAUUAUGAAAAUGAAUGAUAAUGGUUUUAUCUGUUAUAGAAAUAUAAUAUAAUCAGACUUUAGCUAUGUAAAUCAUAAAACAUAGAGAUAACAAUAUGCAUAUUGUUCCUAGAGGGUCUUGUAAAAUUAUGUUUGUCAUAUUCUCUUUGAAGAGUUAUCACUCAAUAUUUUAUUUCUGUCUUGUAAGGCCUGAAACCCCAUGUGCUGCCUUGAUGUCUAUGGGCUUCUCAGGGCCUCAGAGGCCUGGCCAUGAAGUCCCCUGCUCUUGUCAGAUAUGUGCACCCUAUUCACCCACUGAGCAGGAAGGCUUCUUGCCCUUCUAAGUUCCCCUAUCAGCCAGUCAGCUGUACCCCACCUGGGUCUCAACCUAGCUCACUUCCCUCCAGCCUGGAAAAUUAUUCAAACAAGUCUGUCACAUCUGGAGGAGUCAGGAAUCGCCUCUUCCUCUUGUUACUGCAACGCCUGCCUUCCACAACCCCUGCUGGUUCACUCUAUUCCCAAAUGCAACUCUCCUGUGACCCUGCAUGGCAUGUGGUGACCUCCCUCCCUGUGAGCAGAUGUGACUAAUAAACUGCUGCCAAUUUCA